AAGUCUACAGAUUCUGCUAAAAAUCAUGCAGCAUUAUAGUAAAGACAUUGGCCAUGAAAACGUCGUAUUUGUUGUGUGGACUAUAUGUCCUAAUAAACUUGGCCAAUAGUGAUAAACGCAACUUUCGAAUCUACUUUGAUGAGUUUGCGAUAAAGUAUAAGGUGCCAGACAUUUUCGAAAAGGUGGAUUGUCAUUUGGUUCAAUUGAAUAAUCGAAGCUACGUCAACGGCGAGAUGAUUCUAAAAAGAAGUGUUGGAGAUUUGAAUGUUCGUACCAUCAUGGAAUUUUGGAAACCAAACUCUCAAAUAAAAACGAAGUUAUAUGAUGUUCGUUUAGAUGGUUGUAACUUACUUAGAAGUCUUCAUAAAAAUAAACUUUUUAACCUCUAUGUGAAGAGCUUUAAAAAGCAUUCUAAUGUAAUUUUGCUGUGUCCAUUUAAGGCGAAUUAUAGUUACAAAAUGGUGAAUUGGUUUUUGGAUGAAAAGGAUCUGCCUCCGUAUGUCCCUCUUGGUCAAUUCCGUACGAUCACCGAAUAUUCUACACAACAGCGAUUGGCAAUACGUAUUGUAGUACACGGAGAAGUUUUGGAAAAUCAGUAAAAUGCAAUAUAAAAAUCAUAAAA